GGUAUCUUCACAAAUCCAAUUUUCUGCGUCAUCUGGAUUACAACAAUGAUCUCGCAAGUGCUAAUUGUACAGUUCGGAGGACAUUGGUUCUCCACUGCUCCUUUGGAUGCCAUACAAUGGGCAUUCUGUAUUGCCUGUGGCGUUGGCGAACUUAUCUGGGGACAGAUCGUAAACACGAUACCAGCUUCGAUCUUGCCGAAAUCGUUCCGAUUCGGUAAGGGCGAAGUCAAGCCAACGUCAAUUAUGCUAUCUGGUGAAUACGACAUUCCUUCGUCAUCUUCGGCUGUACAAAAACCAGAUGGAACUAUUGAGAAGCGACCAGGCCAGAUGCUUUGGCUACUUGGUCUGACUAGGCUUCAAACGCAGGUGAACAUUUAUGUUUUUUCCCUCUAA